UGAACCUUCCGUCCGGGCGGAUCGGUUGCUGUCGGUCGACACUUGGGCACUAUUACCGGCGUGUUUUGCGUUUUGUGUUGAGUUGGUUUCAGUUUGCGCCUUUUGAAGGUGUUAUUUGUUGUUAAUUUGGGGCUUGUGUGUAGAUUAGCGUUGCCCGCGAGCAUUCAAGUAUGGAAAGUGUUAAACUGCAUGUAGUUUUUGUUAUGACCAAGACGGUUUUGAACUUGAAUUAAAGCCUCAGAAUCAGCUGAGUCAGUGGAAAACUGUGCUGGGUGUCAAGUUCAUGAAACAGUUGGAAGUAGAAGCUGGUGGAUUCGUUGGAAGUGUGUCUUUCUGUGCAAGGUGCGUAUUCUGGAUUCGAACGGUGCAAGUGGCUGAUGUGAGCUGAUCGAUGAGUCAGGUUGAACAAUUUGAAGAAGAGUGACGGCAUAUUAUUGCAACGUUCGACUGGCGCAUAGAUAACAGUUUUGAUCGAGUGCAGUAGAACUGUUAUGAAAUGGCUUUACAAAUCGAAGCUGUAUGGAAAUAUGGACUUCUGAUGGAGUCAUUAUUACGGGGUUAGAUCAGCGUCGGCUGCAGAAACACUCAUGAAUUCAACGUAGUCAGAGUGAUGUUAUGUGAUCAUUCGAAGAAGAAAUUCCAAAAAAAAGCUAAAUUGCUGAACAACGAAAAUAUGAUGUGAGGAAUCCGUGAGUAAAUUGUUGCAACACAUGUAUGAGAGGCAUUUGUUCGCAUCGGGUAUGGUCCAAAACAGAAAGAAGAAAUAAUUAUUGAAAAAUUUCGGAUGAAAUCGAUCCAUUUGUUUGUGGUGUGUGAGUGCAGUGCUGAUAAUUAACCGUUAAUUUGGAUGGAAACCUGCUGACAAAGCUAUGAUGUGGUAUUUGGAUAGCCAGUUGUAGUGCUUUAUUUAUCUUUCCCCACCCCUCUGUUGUGAAUUGUAAACAACUGAAAAGAAGAAGACGAAUCAUCAGAAGAGAAUAAGACCAUGAAGAAUAAGGAAUGCAACAGUGAGCUUUAUGAAUAUUCAAACUCCAUCAUGUGAUGAGUGAUGCGAUUUGCAAUCGUCCAAACCGAUUAUGUAUACAAAUGAAUGUGGUUUGACCUGUUGAAAGUUUUUAAGCUAAAAUGAUUGAUGGUGUAUGAAGUUUUUUUUGGUGUUGCAAUGCUGGAUUUCCCCAACCCAAUAGUGUCAAAGUCGAAGAUAGUAUACGAUACGCCGAGGCGAAAGAUCCGCACACAGUAAACGAACAUUCAAGGAAGCCCUACUAACGCCGCACUCAUUUGGCGGUCUGCUGGUUGUAGAGCACGCGAAUUCUAGGCGAACGACGCAAACGAGGUGGAAAAUUUUCCCCAUCGCGCACUGCCACGGCUCCUUUGGCAAAGCUCCACUGCGCGCGACGGAGUCUGCUUUUGGUCGGACGGUGUGCCGAUUCGAUGGUCCAUUUGAGGGCCUUAGCAAAUGGAACGUAGCAGCGUUGUAGCCUAAGCCGGCCAGAGACGGUAGCAGCGCAGCUAAUGUUACGAGCAUUAAGAUGUUUUGCGCAACAUGCUCAAAUUGUUUAUUCAACUCAUCAGCAGAAACACCUAUCGCCACCAGUUGUCAGUUCGUUCAUCUUCCCAUUAGUAAGUGAGCUAAGGAUUUCUGAGUGAGCCAACCCAACGCGCAUACAAAUAAUAUGCGGUGGUUCAAACGAUCCACCGAUUCACCGAAACUUCUCAGUUUGUCACCUCUGCGGCAUUCCGAGCUGGGGAAUGCCUACAGUGGUGCUAAUGGAGGUGCUGUUGCCGCAAAUGCAGUGCCAGAAGGACCUCACGGUGAAGCAAGAAGCGACGGUGAUGACACCACUGAACAAGCGAUACCACCGUCCGAUGGGGGACCACCGAUGCCGCUGCCAGGACCGUUGAUGGAUCUGUUUGCUUCGUCUGCGUGUUCCAGCUCGUCCGGGUCGACGUCUUACACGGCUAGUUGCGGUUCUCCUUCGGCCACAUCAUCCCCGUCUACCUCAACUACCUUCUCCUAUACCAGCAGCGAUAGCAGUUGUCUCGGCAGUGGCGCGAAGAUGCAGCAACAGCAGGGAAGGCUCGCCACAUCAGUUGGUAGUGGUGGAGGAUGCGGUGGCACCAGUGCGAGCGGAACAGCAUCACGAAAAUCGCGAAUUGAUUUAUCACCCGUGAACUGGGCUAAGAAGUCGUCCGUUAACUGCUACAACAUCGAGGAGGGUCGUGUUAUAGAGAGGCCCAAAGGUCGCUACAUUUCGCCAAUUCGAAUAAAAAACAAGCAACAAGCGCUGGCACAAGGUAUCGUAGGAUCGGGUGCAGCGAAUACGCCCGUCAGUCGUCGUAUACUACAACGUGACAAAGGGUCACUGGAUAGUGGAGGUUUGACAGUAGACGGAAGCUUAGUCAAAAGCUUGAGCAAAUCUAUUGGGAACAUUAGUGCGUCGAUAGGAGACAAAAGCCCAUCACUAAGUCAUCGAUCGAUUGUGUAUCGAGAGAAGGAGAAAAAGAAUCCAUUGGGUAGUACUCGUUUAUCCUGCUAUCAAACAAUCAGCUUCGAGUCGAGCGAAAACGUAGCUAAGGGCCAAUUGUACAAGUCGGUUGACGAUUUAAUCUUUCUCAAUGGGUCCACUGCGGCGGACGAUUGUGAAAGGGACUUUUCCUGCGUCGAUAGUGCUGUGAACAAAGAGCAAACUCUAAUCAGCGACACCACUCCCAACCAGCUAAACCAAAGUCUUAUCACUAGUAGCGUUAGUAGUAAUAAUACCAACAGUCGAGCAGCAUCAACCACAGAGCAGCAGCAGCACUUAUCAGCAGUAGUCGGAGUAGUAGCUGAUGAACCAAAGAACGAACUAUCAUCAAACAUGGCCAGCAACGGAGGCGAUCACGACGAAACCUAUGGAUUUUCACAAAUGAAGGAAACAUCCUUCGAAACCAUGUAUCGGCUCAAGCUAAACGCACUGAAACAUGAGGAGCAAAAAACGCCUCAAAAAAAGAAGGACAAUUUUACCAACAAAAUCAAAGCAAUGUCCGAUCGAACACAGAGACUGUUCUCCAAAAUCUACUCCAAUUCCUCCUACAAAACCAACAGCACUGCGGACAACAGCUUUCACUCAAGCCAUUCUAAAUCACUUAAAAAAUCCCCAUCGAAAGUGUCCAACAAUCGACGGAGCGUUAGCUACGGUGCCUUACCCGGAUUGGCUGAUUUCCAGAAGAACAUGGAUAAAUCCUCGAAUGAUCCCAAAGUCAUCAACCAACAGCAGGAUGACGAACUGAAUUGCACCGUCAUUCACUUGGCUCCGCCCAACAAUCGGCACGAUGCUGAAGAUUGCGAUUCUGGAAUUUUGGUGAACGAGUCUGGUGCCUCAUCUAUACUCGAAACUGAAGACGUGUUCCUACCGAGCAUUCCUUCCAAAGUGUUGAACACCUGUACGGAUAAUACGGAAUUCAAACUGGUUACGAUCAAACUGGACGAGAGCAGCGAGGAGGCUGAGAACUUGGGCAUCAUCGUUAGUCCGAUGAACAACGUCGAAGGUGAGGCUAGCAAUCGAUACAAGGUGGAUCACGUGCUGCCGGGAGGCUUGGUGUAUACCGAAGGCACCAUUCAACCAAACGACGAAAUCGUCAACAUCCUUGGUAAGCGAUUGCGUGGGCUCUCAAUGCGGCAGGUCCAGGAUCUGCUGAACAGUUGCACCCGACGUGGCAGCGGACGUACCAGCAUCGAUCUUGUCAUUUGUAGGAGCAAAGUAAAUGAUAGUGAUCUAGACCAACAACAGCAGCAGCAGCAAUCAGUGAAUCGACGAUUGUUCCGAAACAAUCGGAUGAUUUCGCUGGACUCCUAUUUGGAUCAGGAGGAGAAAACGCAUCAUCAACAGCAGCUCCACCACCAUAGCGAGGAACAGCAGCACAGCGAUGCUAGCUCCGAUCACGACAAUUACGCUUCAAUUGCUAUCAAAAUCGAUGGUAGCAAGUACAACACCCUCGGGACACCACGGCGCCAGAAGAGUCUUUCGAUGGCAGCAGUAACCACCAAACGCCCUCAAUCACCCUCUCCUCCCUGCGACAUGCCCAGCAUCGAGGUAGACUCACAACCACCCUCCUUGGAUUGCGUGAAACGAAGAUCUUUUACCAAAAAUAGCGCCAAUAGCAGUGGCACCACCAAUUCUUCCAAACUUAUCCGGAGAUCGCUGGUCGGUAAACAGUCGCCGAUUUUCAGCGGGGAUCAUGUCACUAAGAGCACAAUGAAUCUAUGUGACGACGAGAAGCUGGAGAUAAGUGGAGCUUCGGAUGAUGCCGAAACAAGUAGUGGUACAGGUUCCCUGGACAUGGACAAAAGUAUGACCAACUUCUGCACCCUCCCGCGAAGGCCAAAAAGUUCACUUUGUACAUUUCACACGGUAACAUUCGAAAAAGGACCGGGUAAGAAGUCCCUCGGGUUUACGAUUGUUGGCGGGCGGGACAGCCCUAGGGGAGCUUUGGGAAUUUUCAUCAAAAGCAUUCUUCCCACCGGGCAAGCAGCUGAGGAUGGGCGCCUCAAGGCGGGUGACGAGGUGCUGGCGCUCAACGGACAAGUAUGCCACGAUCUGACCCACCUGGAAGCGGUUAAAAUGUUCAAAAGCAUCAAAUCGGGUGAGAUUGUUCUUCAACUGUGCAGGAGGAGCAAAGUUAGUCGCGGGGACCAACCGGGAGCGCAAUGCUAGAGAGGUUGAAUGCAAACUUCAACAUUUUAUUAUAAAUCUUUGUUUUAAAAGGCUGUGUAGGAUUUUGUAAGGGGUUAACAAAAAUUGUGCAAUUUUUUCAAACAGAAAAUAUUAUCGACAAAAUUCAGAAUAAACUACUUAUUGAUGAGACUUAUUAGAUUAGAUGAUACUGAGCAAGAUCAAAUUGGAAUGCAGUACUGGUACAAAAAAGAAGUGCAUUAACUAUUUUCAGUGUUAUUGUCUGAGUUUUGCAAUUUUUAUCAAUAGGUUGUGUUUAUGUAUGACUAUUAUAAACUACGUACAGUGUCAGAAAAAUAAGUUUUAUUAUGAAAGUAAUAUAUACGGAUUUUUAGUGUGGCCUUUUUUGGCCGUAGAGUAACAUGCGCAGCUACAAAGCAAUACCAUGCUGAAGGUGGCUGGGUUCGAUUCUCGGUCCGAUCUAGGAAAUUUUCGGGGUCUCGACUUCCCUGGACAUAAAAGUAUCAUCGUGUUUGAAGCAUCGCAGUUAAUAACUGUGGAAGUGCAGAAUGUACACUAAGUUGCGAGGCGGAAAUGCUGAUGUAAUGCCUAAAAUAACAGAACGUUCGGUUUUAUAGAUCGGUGUUUGUAGAUCACUAAUUGUCCUACACCUCGUUGAAUCAAACUAGUUUUCUAGGAGGAGUACACUUCUGCGCAGUGUUACUGCACUAUUUUUACCGACCAAUGGAUGAACUAACUUAAAAUUUAACUCAAAAAAAUUGAUUUCAUUGCCAUUUUCUUUUAUUUAGUUAAUAUCUAAAAAAAAACAUUUAACACUGAAUCAACAAUUUGACGCCAUUCCUUUGCCAUGCCAGUUGGAAAUCAAUGGAAAAUAGUAUGAAAAUUAUUUCACAAAGAACAUGUGUUGGUACUCACAUCAUCAUCGGCGGUUUUCUUAUACACUUUCAUAGGCAUGUGUAGGACGCAAUAUAAAAUGCAAAAAAAUGACUUUGGUUACCUCAGUCCAACAAUCAAUAAACGAUGCAAUUUUUAUUCUGCUCAACGGUUUUACUCUGGUAGACGGGCGUUCAUAAUUUGGGCUUUUUUUGGUGAUUUGUUUAAAUAAAGGUUUGAGAUCUCAACGACAAUUUUGAAAAAAGCUUAUGUUAUUGAAUCGUUGUUUUGUGGGGGCUAAUUCCAUGUAUUUUUCUGACACAACACUAUCUGUGUGUUAUUGACGUAACUACGACUUAUUUAUAAAAAUUGCAGAAAAAUUAACAAUAUUUAAAAAGGAAAACAGAAAAAUAAAGUACUGUAUUUUUGGAGAACACUGAGCAAAAAAAUAACAGAAUUUCUAACUGGAAGAUGUAAACCGAAAUUUAGAGAAGCGAAUGUAAUUUAUGUAUGGACUUUGAUCGUAAAUAUAUUAUACCAUAGUUUAAUUGAA